AGCCCAGAUCUGGGUCCCGUUGGUGCAGCUCAUCUGUCUGUCCAGGCGGGCUCAGCUCUGGGCUCCAGCGCUGGCUUCCUAAGGCGGCUGAAAGGUCCUGACAUGGCUGACUAGAGCUGGAUCUGUCUGUCCGUCUGCCUGUCUGUCUGGUUAGUUGGUUGGUUGGUUUUGUUUUAUUCGCUUGCUUGCUUUAUUUUAAACACUUUUAUUUUGCGUAUUUAUGUUUUGUGCAUAUAUGUGCAUGCACACACACACGUUUGUGUGUGUGUGUGUGAGAGAGAGAGAGACAGAGAGACAGAGAGACAGAGAAACAGAGAGUCAGAGAGAGAGAGGGAGGAGAGAGAGAGGUGGGGGGAGGGAGGGAGAGGGAGAAAAGAGAGAGAGAGAGAGAGAGAAACAGAGAGGCAGAGAGAGAGAGGGAGGAGAGAGAGAGAGAGAGAGAGAGAGAGAGAGAGAGAGAGAGAGAACAGCUUUUUCAGGAUUCAGUUUUACUCAGCAGAUUCCGGGACUUGAACUCAGGUUAUCAGGGUUUGGCGGCUCGCCCUGGAGUGUGCAUUUGCUGGAGGGUAUGUGGUAUUGGUCUACUGACCUGUUUACUGACUGGCCUCACACCCCAUAGACAAGAGGAAUGGCAUGAGACUAGGGCUGGUGUCCAACCUGAGAUGUAGGAAUGGAUAAGGGAGAAAUCUAUUGUGGAACGGCCCUUCCUGUCCAGGGAGUCCUUGACUGCUACUAAAGGGCCUGCUGGAUUAUUCGUGGAGAGGUUAAGACAGGGUCUUACUCUUUAGCCCAGGCUAGCCUCAGACCCACAGUACUCCUCCUGCCUUGGCACUGCUGAGAUUAGAAGUGAGAGAGUCACUACACUUGGUUAUGCAGGACCUUGUAAGAGGAAAAGCCUCCUAUAGCCCCAGAGGAGGGAGGACCCCAAGGCCAAGCUGAGCUGUAGAGACAAAUGCAUGUGUCAUGCAGGAGCGUGUGAGCACACACACACACACACACACACACACGCACACAUACACAUAUACCACAUACACACACACAUACAUACAUACACCACACACACACCACACACCCCCACAUACACACACCCACACACACACACACACACACACAUCACUCCACCCACAAGCCCCAAAGAUGUGGAUACUCUGCAACUCCUAACCCUCUGCCUCCCAUUCUCCAUCUAAAAUGGAACUGAGACCCGCCCUCUGCCCUUCCAUCUGGCCUCUGUCUCCCAUGGCAGGGUUCUUUCUGUCUGCCUCUCUCCCGUGCCCAUGGAAUAACGCCAUGACUCUUCUCUGAGGUCAUCUGCAGAGGUCACCUCACCAGUAAGGCCCCAUACCUUCCUCGAAUUUUUCCAGACUGUUAUCAGCCCCAACACAGCCAUCACGCUGCCCACCCAACUUUAAUCAGACUUGUCACCAAAGCUGUCACAAACAAGGGGGUGUGGGGCGUCACGUGACCAGCCUGAGUAACCGCAUUCUCGCUUCCUUCUUCCACACCCUGCCGUUGGGGGUUGGCGGACUGGGACCACAAGCAUCUGGCAGUGUGGACGGGGCCUUGUCACGGAGGCAGAGUCACUUCUGGGCCCCGAGGCAGCUGCCCCAUGCUCUGCUGGGCACGGUCACACCGCUUUCAAGAUGCAGUGUCUGGACCUCCUCCCACCCUGCACCAUAGUCUGCUGCCCUUUCUAGGACCUUGGUGGUUCCUGAACAAUGUGGGGUCUGGCUCUUCCCCCAAUCAGGACUCAAGCUCCCAAGCAGCCCCCAGGCCUGAGCUGAGCCCUCUGCCAGCGUCUCUGCUCUUUCCCUAGGGCGGUGUUCUCGGGAUAACUGUCCAGGUACCAUGUUCCCACACUUCCUUCUGCUGCUGACCGUCUUGGGCCCUGGCAACAGCCUUCAUCUGCAGGAGCCGUGGGGGCAUGAAACCAUGGAAGGCCUGGGCCCUGUGCAUCUCCGGGAACGGAGACAGGUGGUUGGGGAUGAUGAUUUUGAAUACCCCGACUACAGCGUGUAUGGCACAGAUCCCCCAGAAACGUUGAUAAGUGUCCCCAACAUGGUGGCGGCUCACCUUGAGCUUCGGACAAUGGUGGCCGUGUUAGAGCAGAGAGUUUCCGCGGGGGCUGGAACUUCUGAGACUGUCACUGCGCAGGUUGCCACCACUGGCCCUGCUGACCCGGAUACAGAAAGGCCAGCAGUUGGGAUGCUGAGCACUGAAUCUGUCACACAGCGGAGACUAAGCCCAGUGGAGAUGACUACCCGGCUAGCACCCACGGAGGCAGAGACCUCACAGCCAGCACCCAGGGAGGCAGAGACCUCACAGCCAGCACCCAUAAAGGCAGAGACCUCACAGCCAGCACCCAUAAAGGCAGAGACCUCACAGCCAGCACCCAGGGAGGCAGAGACCUCACAGCCAGCACCCACGGAGGCAGAGACCUCACAGCCAGCACCCACAAAGGCAGAGACCUCACAGCCAGCACCCACAGAGGCAGAGACCUCACAGCCAGCACCCACGGAGGUAGAGACCUCACAGCCAGCACCCACAGAGGCAGAGACCUCACAGCCAGCACCCACGGAGGCAGAGACCUCACAGCCAGCGUCCACAGAGACAGAGACCACCCAGCUUCCCAGGAGUCAGGUUGUAGAAAGUCUAUUUACAACAUCUGCGGUCACAGAAGCCCCUUCUACGGAACCCACCGCCAUGGAGACCCUGUCCACAGAGGCUAAUGAGUCUGCCAUCUUCCUUGGGCCUUCCAUUGGCCACUUACCUGACACCGGGCUGAAGAAAGGGCUGAUUGUCACCCCUGGGAGUUCUCUGGCCCCAACCCCGCCAGGGACCUCGGACCUCAUCCCGGUGAAGCAAUGUUUGCUGGCCAUUCUCAUCUUAGCCUCCCUGGCCACCAUCUUCCUUGUGUGCACGGUGGUGCUGGCCGUCCGCCUCUCCCGUAAGACGCACAUGUACCCAGUGCGGAACUACUCCCCCACAGAGAUGAUCUGCAUCUCAUCCUUGCUUCCCGAGGGGGGUGACGGGGCCCCUGUCACAGCCAACGGGGGCCUGCCCAAGGUCCAGGACCAGAAGACAGAACGCAGUGGGGACCCGGAUGGGGAUGACCUCACCCUGCACAGCUUCCUCCCUUAGCCCACCUGAGCAAGACCCUUGCUGGUUCCAUGAUUACCCCAUCAGUCAUGAAGGCCAUAGAUUUGGGCCUCCUGGGUGAAGUGUAUACACAGGACUCUUUAGGGAAGGGACCUUACGCCACUCCAAUCAGGGUCCAGAGCCCCCAAGGUCCUGAGCUUCCUGCUUUGUUCCUGGAGCCUGGUGGCCUCCAGGACAAGGUCUACAGUAACAUUAACAUUCUCCACCUCUUUUCUGUUUUGUCUGAUAUCCCCGUCCCCAUUGCCCUCCCACUGCUGUGUGUCCCCCGCAGGUCACUGGAUUCCUGUCCUUCCAUUAAGAAGGACUCAGCUCCCUUCCCCCACUCCCAAAGCCAUUCUCUCUCUCUCUCUCUCUCUCUCUCUCUCUCUCUCUCUCUCUCUCUCUUUUUUUUUCCGGAGCUGGGGACCGAACCCAGGGCUUUGCUAGGGUCUUGAUCUUGCUAGGCAAGCGCUCUACCACUGAGCUAAAUCCCCAACCCCCCAAAGCCAUUCUCUUGGUUGCCAUGGUUGCCUGAUAAGAAUGAAGCAUUAUGGGAGGCCACCAUGUCUGUUCCUCUGUCCCCUGUGAGGGGCAUCUUGGCUUUCCCAGGCCCCUGGCUUGGAAGGAUGGUCCUUCCUUUGGGUCUGUGUGAACCAAUGAGUUUCCAUCCAGCGACAGUGACAUCACACUGCUGCCUGGCCCAGCACAGGUGUUCAAUAAAAUUAUGAUAACAAA